UUAGAAAUUAAGUGCCUGCGGACCCGAAAAUGGACUUAUCACAUUGGCGGCAGCGGUGGUCCACUCCUAACAGGUCAGAGAGUCCUUUCAAAACGGAUUUGGAGGCGCUUAGACCGUUUUAUGUACGAUCGGAGGUCGGGGAUAGCACACUUCCAGCGACCGAAACACCACGUGCUUGGACUUCAAAGUCACCAGAGGUCGGGGAUAGCACUUUUCCAGCGACCGAAACACCACGUGCGUCGACUGCAAAUCCAUUCCGACGUAACGAUGCUGACUUGUUAACCCUCGCAAAGUCAUCAGAGGUCGGAGAUAGCACACUACUUCCAGCGACCGAAACGUCACGUGCUUCGAUUGCAAAUCCAUUCCGGCGUAACGAUGAUGACUUGUUAACCCUCGCAAAGUCACAAGGGUUGACGGUGGUCCGUCAAACAAGGAAACCUGUUAAACUACCGGAAGAUUUCGAUGGAAAACAACCCCUGAAAGAAUAUCUGAUGCAUUUUGAGCGCUGCUCGAUCGUCAAUGGAUGGACCGAGGAAGAAAAGGCGAUGUUUCUGGCCGCCAGUCUUCGUGGUGACAGUAGGAAAUUAUUAAGUGGACUCACGGAUUCAGAUUGUCAACAAUACGACAAAAUUGUGGAGAGAUUGCAGCUACGAUUUGGCGUGGAGAAACAAGCCGAGUUACAUCAGGCCAGGCUGUUAAAUCGUCGACAAUUCGAAGGUGAGAGUUUACAAGUGUUAGCUACAGAUAUUCGUUCAAUGGUAGAUCUAGCAUACCAGGAUUUGGGUGCUUCCGUGCAGGAACGUUUUGCUGUCCAACAUUUUAUUGAUGCUUUGAGUGAUAAGGAUGAUAGGCUGUAUCUUAGACGGGAAAAACCGGGAACUCUCGACCAAGCCCUUUCCCUAGCUAGAGAGUUGGAAUCCCUCCGACUUCUAGACAACAAUAAUUCUUUCAGACGGGCGGGUAGUAAAGUCAGAGCCAUGGAAACAGAACGAACACAAUUGCAAACAAAGGUGGAUGGGCUUAGGCUUCAGAUAGACCAGCAACAACAGCAAUUAGAAGCUCAGCAAAGCAUCAUCACGCAAUUGAAUGAAUUUCUUGCAAACCAACUACAGCCGCAGGUGGUCACAUAG